UAACCUCCAGUUAUCAGCUGUUAUCUUAAAAAAUGGCUAGCAUUUGCAAGAUCGUGCAAAGUUCACUAACUCGAAGAAAGCCGCUAAGUUUUUGUAAGUUUUUCCACAAUGCUAGUCCCAAGUCACGACCAAACCGUUUGGCUUCUGUCGUGUGUGCGGUCGGUGGGACUGUCGUCUUCUACACGGCCUUUAAAUGCCGACAAACCCAAAGCAUACAUGCCUCCCAAUUGAAAGAGGAGGAAUCAAAAGUUGUCAAAUUAACAUCGCGGGAAAAGAGAUUUAUACGCUUCGCUUCGGUCGAAUUCGACGGACAACUCUACAUGACCCCGCAGGACUUCCUCGAAUCGGUGGUCGAAGCCGAGCCCCGACCCCGUCUUAAACGCAAAAUCCUGACGGCGAAAGAGCUGGAAAAAAUCAAAGACUCGACUCCGCCGCUCAACCAAGGCUCGCCCCGGUUUUUCCGCACUUUGCGCGACAAAGGCAUUAUUUCAUACACCGAGUAUUUGUUCCUUCUCUCAAUUUUGACAAAGCCACAAUCCGGCUUCCGCAUCGCAUUUAACAUGUUCGACACCGAUGGUAACGAGCGAGUCGACAAAAACGAGUUUCUUGUGAUUCGUAAACUAUUGGCAGGCAAAAAAACUGAAGACGCUGUACCUAUGGAGAAAAUCUUCAGCCACGCGUGGAAGGGCAAGCGGGGGAUCGCCAGCGAGGAGAACGAGCCGAUCCUCCCGAUCCAGGAGCACUACGUUGAUGAUGAGCAGGGGCUCCAGCGAAGGCACACCGUGGACACCACCCUCAUUGUGCACUUCUUCGGGCCGAAGGGAAACAACGAACUCAACUUCGAGAAUUUUAAACAGUUCAUGCUCCACCUCCAAACCGAGGUUCUGGAGCUGGAGUUUAGCGAGUUCUCGAAGGGACUUCCGACCAUUUCUGAGGUCGAUUUUGCCAAAAUCAUGCUGCGUUACACUUAUCUAGACACGGACGAGUACGACAUGUACUUGGACCGACUACUGGACAGGAUUAAGGAGACCAAAGGCAUUACAUUCGAGGAGUUCAACGUGUUUUGCCAGUUCCUCAACAAUUUGGAAGACUUCACCAUCGCAAUGCGCAUGUAUACCUUGGCGGACCACCCGAUUUCCAAAGAUGAGUUCCAUCGGGCCGUGAAAAUAUGCACUGGUACUAGUCUAAGCCCGCAUCUAGUCCACACAGUAUUUGCGAUUUUCGACGUCGAUGGAGACGGACUGUUGAGUUACCGCGAGUUUAUCGCAAUUAUGAAAGACCGCCUGCAUCGAGGCUUCAAAUCAUACACCAAAAAUGAAGGUUGGGAGGCAUUCAAAAGUUGCAUCAAGCAAGAAAUGAAGAACCCGACAUAGAAACUAAGUAUUUAUUUGUGAUAACCGCAUUUUCACAUUGGAGAGUUCUAGUAUUGCCAUCUAGUCAGAAUUUUUAUGACGUUCCUGUCAUUUUCACGGAUUGUUACUAGUCGUUGCGACAGUAUUGUUUCAUGUAUAAGUUACCAAAUAAAUGAAUUACACACUUUA